UAUCUGGAGAUGUUCAGAUGCCCUGUCGUUAUAAUAUCGUGUGAUUUCAGAUGACCUGUGGUUUUAAUAUCGUGAGAUUUCAGAUGACGUGGAAUGAUAUAGCGAGAUGUUCAGAUGACCUGUAGUAUGAUAUCUAGAGAUGUUCAGUUGACCUGUGAGUAUGAUAUAGUGAUAUCUUCUGUUGACCUGUAGUAUGAUAUCUGGAGAUGUUCAGAUGACCUGUGAUAUGAUAUCCCGAGAUGUUCAGUUGAUCUGUGGUUUUAAUAUCGCGAGAUGUUCAGAUGACCUGUAGUAUGAUAUUUGGAGAUGUUCAGUUGACAUGUGGGUAUGAUAUCGCGAGAUGUUCAGAUUACCUGUGGUUUUAAUAUCGCGAGAUGUUCAGAUGACCUGUAGUAUGAUAUCUGGGGGAUGUUCAGAUGAUCUGUCGUUAUGAUAUCGGGAGAUUUUCUUUAAUAAGGAUUUGCCCAUCAGGCCUGCUAUAGGUCAGCCACUUCGUGUGAAAUGAAGUCAUGUAGCUCUUUGUUUGCUAUUACACCCAGGAGAUGCUCGGAUUGCCCGUGGGAACGAUCGAUAUAGCCAGAUGUUCGUCUGUAGGUAUGGUGUAGGGGAGAUUCCGAGGGCCGGUGGGUAUUGUACCGGGAGACGGUUCGGAAAACCUGUCGUCAUGUUUAUUUCAUUGUGACGAUGGGGGGUUGUGAAUUAUACACCAUGGAUGGAGAUGACUGGUCAUUUUCUUCAAGAUUCUGAGAAGUGAAAAAUGUCUGCCCCUACAGACGUAGGUUUAACCGCACACAGGUGUUUCAUCGUGUUUGGUUUGGUAAUAAUCAGCUGUAUUUAUGCAGUAGUUGCCCAGGAGAGUAAAGUGCCCGGAUGGAGUGGAUGGUCUAGCUGGACGUCAUGUUCAGUCACGUGUGGUUACGGUGCGGUAUUCAGGGAGGCUUAUUGGGUAGAGAAGGACGGGCGAAGGUCGAACAAGACCACACAAGACAAUAUGGGUUGUUACAUCCCUAAAUCAUGUCCCGUGAAUGGUAACUGGACCACGUGGUCUGGAUGGUAUUGGUGUUCCUCGAUUUGUGGACCUGGCCGGCAGGAGAGGUAUCGCUAUUGUGUCAAUCCCAAACCCGCCAAUGGCGGGGCACCCUGCUCGGGACUAGCUAACGAGAGUAAGACUUGUGAAGUCAUGCCCUGUCCUACCAUUCCUCCCACUUUUAAUCUUCUGGACUGUACAAAGGAGGACUUCAUGUGUAAAAGCGGACGACAGUGUGUGCCAUCUGCUCAGAGGUGUGACAAAACUGUCCAUUGUCAUGACGGAAGUGACGAAUUGAAAUGUAGAUACGUCAGAAAUCAAGGUGUCAUCACUAGAGUACCAACAAAGACACUGUCCGUCCUGCUCUGGGUAUUCGUAUUCGUCAUUACAUGAAAAUAAAAACAAAGUAAAUGUUCAGAAUGAAAACAAAACGAGAGAGAGAGAGAGAGAGAGAGAGAGAGAGAGAGAGAGAGAGAGAGAGAGAGAGAGAGAAUAUGUACAUGGACAAUGGAUAGCUGUAAAUAUGCUUCCUCAGCAAUCAUAAGAAAACCGAUUGGUGUAGAUGUUUCCGUUGCGUUGAGAACAAGUUCAUGACGUAUUGUGUAUAAUUAUACGUCACUUCCUGUCAUCAUGGUUGUAUACGGCUGUCAGAGUAUAAAACGCAUAUGACGCUGUGGAUCUAAACAAUCCCAAGUGUCUGUAAUGUUUAUGGUCUCAAAGGAUGUAGAAAAUGGGAAGAUAAAAUUUAAUUUAAACCGUCAACAAAUUAUUUUACAGUUGAUGAAUUAUUUUGCAGUGCAUGCGCAGUGGGAAAAAUGAAAAUGUGAAAAACUUGUUAUGGUAUGUGAUUUGUAAAAAAAAAUGCUUGUGCCCGGUGCUAAUAAUUUGUCUCGUCGAUGACUGUAUGAUAGCUUGUAAAUAUUUAAGCAAUGUGUUUGUUAUAAUUGUUUUAUAUAAAGUCUACUCUGCAGUGUUUUAUAAAGUGUACCUGUUUUGUAUUCAAUAAAAGGAAAUUUAAAAGAAA